AUGUCACGAAGACAAACACCUAGUUUACAGUGCCCACUUAUGGCUGACAUUUUUACACUGAUUUCUGGUUCUUACCGCUGCAGAAUUGGUGAAUUACUAACAGUCUUCAUAGGAAAUCCACUGGAAGAACACAACCAAGAGACAUUUAGAGAUGAAGUUAUGAAGAAACUACCUAAGAUAAAGAAACUAGAUGCAUGGAGAAGCGAAAUAGAAACAGCUUGUAAACGUUCAAGUAAAAGCCUAUUUCUUCAUCUUCUUCUUGGCUUCGUCAAUAAUCUGAUCUAUGAAUGA